AGUGAGGCGACCAGAGAAUACAACCUAUGGUGCCACUUAGAGCAUUGUCUGGCCUUGGGGACUCCUAGCAAGCACUCUAUUAAGUCAACUGUCACUCUCAUUACGCUGGUCAAUUGUGAAGAAGGUACGCACUUAUUGGUAGGUCAAAAAAUUAGCACAAAAACCGACAGCACGAGCCUGCAAUUCCGCAGCGGCCUCGCUACUAAAAGCAAUAUGGCGGCCAAAGAAGAAGACGAUUAUAUGUCAGAUGCUUUUCUUUUGGGGCUGGAAGACACCAGACCUGGGCUUGCCUUUGGUGUAGCCGCUAGAGAGUACAAGAAAGAAGCUAAGAGAAAACAGAAAGAUGCACAGAACAAAACAAAGCCUUUGAAAGAACGAGAAAGCGAACGCAGGGAAAAGGCAUUGUCAAAUGCGAUAGAUAGUUCAAACAAAGGCUUUGCUCUCUUGGCGAAAAUGGGUUAUAAAGAAGGAAAGGGACUUGGAAAACAGGGAGAGGGUAGAAAAGAGCCUAUUCCGCUGUCAAUCAAGGAAGGUCGAGGAGGUUUGGGACAGGAAUCGGAGAUGAAACGAAAACAGGAACUUCAAGAGAAGUGUUUGAAAGUUGCACGAGAUAAACGAAUAAAACUUGAAGCGAAACAACGUGAGGACUUUAGGGAGAAACAGAAGGAAAUAUUUUCAAAUAAACUUGUCGAAAAAGAUUUGUUUCAAAGUCAAAAGGCAUGCGAACAGCUAGAUAAGGCUGAGAACAUGAGCUGCAAGGAAGUUUGGUUCUGGCCUGAAAGGUUGAAUGAAAAUGAAGAUGAUGAAAAUGAUGAAGUGUAUGAGGAAGAAGUGGAAGAAUUGGAGAGUUCAGAGAAACUUGUCAUACUUACAGAAUAUCUUAGAAGAACUCAUAAAUAUUGUAUUUGGUGUGGCACAUCUUAUACAGAUGAAGAGGACUUGGAUACGCAUUGUCCUGGAGAUACAUCGACCGCUCAUGAUUGAUGAGCAAUGACGAGAAAUUACACCUUCAGCAUUAUCAGCUAGCAAGAUCACGUGGAGUUUUACUUCAGGUAAAUAUCAGUGACAGUGCAUUAACAGUAGAUAAUCCUGUUGCCUAUGCUGGCCUGUUUUGGGGAUUCCGGUAACCUCAAUGCCAUAUAAAGAGUUCUGUGACUCAAUUUAUCCAAAUGAAGAAAAAACACUGUGGCACCAUAGUUGUGGGCAUGUUCCACAAGUUUGUAUUAUGAAAAUGAAGAACAAAAUCUAUCCUAAUCGAAAUCCAGUUUCCUUGAACAUCAAUUGACCAAUUAAGAACGAAGCUGUAAAUGUGAAAUGAGCUAAAGUGUUCAAAGCAAGCAGAACAUUUCCAUUUCACUCAAGGCUAGUUUCCCAUGUAGUAUGUUAUAGUCACAGACUUCAAAACUUUUCAUGUGUGUAAUGUUCAGUGAUACACCUAUCAC